AUGGACGUCGCACUGCUACAGAGUUUCAUUCAACUUGUGAAUCCAUCUUUGGGGAUAGCCAUGGUUGUCUUGGCUCUGCUCCUGGUAUUCUAUCCGCGACGGCGGAGCACCGCUACUCUCGAAGUCACCCAGCUAUAUGCAUAUCCCAUAAAAGGCAUUCGCGGGACCGCAUUACAAAAAGCCUGCAUCGGCCGCUACGGUCUGGUCGGAGACCGUACCUUUUGCCUGCAAAAAGUACACCGCAAUGGGAGUAACAAGACGCACAAGACCAUGUUGGCCGGGCUUGACCUACAGCUAGCUUUGUUCCGUGCCGCUAUCCGUUACGAUGAGAGAAGUGCGAAUGAAACUGGCGAAGUAGUUGUAACGUGGGACGGGCGCUCUACCCAGCUCGAUACUACACACGAGAUUAGAUUCCCGCUGAAUCCUCCAACGGACUCUCUCGAUGAAAUGGAAAUUGACCUCCACGGGAGCAGCACAAAGGCAUACGACAUGGGCGACGAUCUGUCCAAGUGGUUCGCGGACCGUCUGGGGUUCGAAGCCAGACUGGUGUACAUUGGCGAGUGUUCUCGGGCGGUUCUCGGCUCACUCGCUCCUCACGGUCAAAAAGGUCUUCAGAAGAGCUCAGGACUGGUAGGCCAGUUACAGGCGAUGCUUCCAUUCAACCAAUAUCCAGCCGAACGACUCGUCUUCGCAGACAUUGCGCACUAUCUCGUCGUUACAGAGGAGUCGAACAACCACGUAACAUCUCUCCUCACAGACGGGUAUACGAUGGACAUCACCAAAUUCCGUCCGAACAUCGUCGUCAAGGGCGCGUCUGGACCCUUUGUCGAGGACUUCUGGGGCGAGCUCACCUUCGAUGGGAACAUUCGAAUGCCCUUAACCGCUAACUGUCACCGCUGUCAGAGCAUCACCGUCGACUUCAACACGGGCAAGCCGGCAACCGAUGAUCGAGGGACGGUGUGGAAGAAACUGAACAAGACCCGACGGGUGGACAAGGGGGCCAAGUACAGCCCUGUCUUUGGACGGUAUGGGUACUGCUUUGGGUCUUCCGUGGGCAAGACGAUUGUUGUCGGCCAGGAAGCUAGAGUCACCCGGGUGAAUAGGGAAAGGACCAUCUUCGACUGGCCUGGCUUGGCCGUGUACGGUGUCAAGAAGUAG